AGCUUCUCUUGGUACUCUCUUCACUUUCUUUGCUUCACUCAAUAUCUCUAGAAACCAAUCUGAAACCUAGUUCCAUGUGAAACAAAUCCUCAAGCUCAGCCAAAACAAUCCACUUUUUUUCUUCUUUUCUGUACCUCAAGCUAUAGCACCACAUUUGUUUCUGCUCCAAUGGCCAAGCCUAGAAUCUCAAGAAAACCCCAAGAAACACACAAGACAGAGAGCAAAGAUCUCCAGAAGCUAGAGAAAUCAUCCUCAUGGACUGUAGUAAAGAGUUUCUUGAGCUUGAAGCAUCUCCAAACACCAGAACAGCAACCGCUUAACCCGGAUAAUAAACAGCAGAAGCAGCAAAACCAGAAGCAGAAGCAGCAACAAGAACAAGCAGCAGUUGCAGAAGAAAGCACCAGAAAGUGCAAGAAAAUGAAGUGCUCAGGUUCACUUUGCAGCAACACAAAGGUCAUGCAGAAACCAUCAGAAGUGAUCGCUCCUGAAGCCCUCAAAAGAAGGUCUUCAAUGGGUUCGUUUAGCGGUCCUAGUAAUAACACUAACCAUAGCUCGAGUUCGAGCAGAUCCAUGAAAGUCCCUCUGCAGGAAGUCAAUGGGGUUGUGCCCUCUGCUACUUCGUCCUCGCUCUCGGUGUCUCCCAAUAGUUCCUCCUAUGGUGGGUCUUUUAGGGGAAUGCCAUUCAGGAGAUUCUCUGGCUGCUAUGAGUGUCGAAUGGUGGUUGAUCCGGUUCUCGGUUUCACCAGAGACCCUUCUCUGAGAUCCACCAUUUGUUCUUGCCCCGAGUGUGGGGAAAUCUUCAUGAAACCGGACGAUCUGGAGCUUCAUCUUGCUGUUAGACAUGCAGUGUCCGAACUGGGUCCAGAGGACACGAGCAAGAACAUCGUGGAGAUCAUAUUCCAAUCCAGCUGGUUAAAGAAACAAUCACCCAUUUGCAAGAUAGACAGGAUCCUCAAAGUCCACAACACCCAAAAGACCAUCUCCAAGUUUGAAGAGUACAGAGACUCCAUCAAGGCCAAAGCCACCAAGAAGAACCCCCGUUGCAUAGCUGACGGGAACGAGCUCCUCCGGUUCCACUGCACCAUGUUCUCUUGCUCGCUAGGCCUCAACGGCUCCUCCAAUCUAUGCAACUUGAUACCGCGGUGCAACGUGUGCAACAUAAUCAAGAAUGGGUUCAAGGUCGGCGAAAAGGGGGUCUUGACCACAGCAACUAGUGGAAGAGCCCACGACAACGCGAGUUUGGUGAUGAAAACAGAGGAUGAUGAGAAGAGAGCAAUGCUGGUGUGCAGGGUGAUUGCAGGGAGGGUGAAGAAGAACAUGGAGGGAAGCAUGGAGGAGUAUGACUCUGCGGCUGGGGCUUGCGGGUUGUACUCCAAUUUGGAUGAGUUGUAUGUGUUCAAUCCUAGAGCCAUUUUGCCUUGCUUUGUCGUAAUCUAUAGGGGGUUUUAAUAGUUUCUUCUUGCUUUCUUUUCCAGUUUUUCUCUUCCUUUUCUUCAUUUGUUUUUCUGAUUUCUUUUUCAGUUUUUCUAUCUGCAAUAUCAUGUUGAGGAAAGAUUAAUUGCUCCUUUCCAA